AUGGACGGCCACGCGAGCGCCUCCUCCAGGGGCGUGGCCCAGGAGGAGGAGUGGGGGCGGGGUCAGGGGCGCUGGGACGCCAACGGGGGGCACCAGACGUCCCCGGAGGGCGCUGGACGGCCAGAGAGGCCAGGCACGAAAUGGCCGAUUAGGGAUCCCUUGGUCUGGAUUGACUUGGAAAUGUCAGGGCUGGACUUGCAGAACGACACCAUCCUUGAAAUCGCAUGUAUAUUGACCGAUGGGUCUUUGUAUCGGCAGAUAGAGGGCCCCUGCAUCGCCAUCCACCACCCAGACAACGUGCUUGACGGCAUGAACGAGUGGUGCACCAAGAACCACGGCGCCAGCGGCCUCACCCAGCGCUGCAGGUCCAGCCGCGUCUCCCUCGAGGCCGCCGAGCGCCAGGUCCUGGACUUCAUCAAACAGUACAUAUCGCCAGGCGUGGGCCUGCUGGCGGGGAACUCCGUCCACGUGGACAAGAUGUUCCUAAAGCGGUACAUGCCCCUCCUGGAUGACUACAUGAACCACCGGAUCCUUGACGUGUCCACGCUGAUGGAGCUGUGCCGCCGGUGGUACAAGGAGGAGUACAGGCGAUGUCCGCGGAAGAAGAACAGGCACACGGCGCAGUCGGACAUCGAGGAGAGCAUAGAGGAGCUGAAGUACUACAGGUCGGCGAUCUUCAAGAGGACGUGA